AACCCAGCAUACACAGACACAGCCAUACGCGUGUCCUCCCGUGUACGGUGUGUACGUGUACUUGCUUGUGGCAUCCACCAACGCUGCGGUUUCAUUUGGCCAACCACAAAAUUCUUUUAAAACCAAAUAAGAAACAGAGGAAACUAACUUGAGCUUGAGCCAGGAAAAGCCGAGCAGGUCGGAAGAGGCCAGCGGCAGGAAAUUGUUAACCUUUGGGGAUAUCAAACAUUUACGAUUGCGUGGCAGUGGCAGAGGCAGUGGCAGAGGCAAAAGCAGAAACAGAAACACAGGAACAGGCACAAUCCCAUAGUCCACUGAGAGAAGCAGCCACAAGUGCCCGUGCCCGUGCCCGUGCCCCAGACGAAGAGGGACUUUCCUUGUGCUCUUGAUUCUUGUGUACGCAGAGAAGUUUCCUCCUUUUCAAUUUUGUGUUUUUCAUCCGGAGUACUUUUGAGCAGCUUAAAUUUCUGUUUGUUUGUGGUACCGAAGCGGCACCAUUAAGUUUCUGGCCUUCAGCAUAAUGAACAAAACGAAGAAGAGCCGUAAGUCCGCUAAGAAUUCCGGGCCAUCGGACCCCACUGGCCAAUCAAACAAAACCAAUGCGAACGGUAUUGGAAGCAACAAUGCCGGGAAUCAGAAUAUAGCUGGAACAGAGCAGGGGGAACAGUCUACCAGCGAUGGCGUUCCGUUCAUUCUUGUGGAUGCAAUGCCUUUGACCUACUGUCCCCCGACUGUGGCUGACUUGGACCAAAUAGAGGCCAAGCGAAUGGCGAAGGUAAUAGCGGAGUGUGACCGAUUGCUAGACCGCUUGGAGGACACAACGCCACCGCCUGAGCUGGACAUGCCAAGCACAAUGACCGAGAAAGACGAGGAGUUCUUCCAGGAAAUGCAGGAACUGCGCAUAUUUGCGAAGGAGACGAAGGAACAAGAUGGAGAAGAACGUCCUGGCAUCAGCAGGCAGGGCACCUUCCACAUUGACAGAUUAAAGCCGACACUUAACGAUCGGAGGCUUGGAGACGAGCCGUCGGUCUCCUCUACAGAAUCAAUGAGGAUUAUCAAUCAUAUUGGGGAUCAGCUCAUGCAGCUGCAGCUCCUAAAGGAGCAGCCGUUGGUGGAGGGAAACGUCUACUGCUUCUUAGUGAGCAUUAAGCCAGAAGGUGGGGCAUCCAAUUGCUUCGUGCGGCAAAUCGGAUUACCCGUGUCCAGUUUGCAGCCAGAAACGGAGUCCGUCGUGCAGUCAGAAACAGAGUCCAUCGUCCAGCCAGAAGAGGAGUUACUCGUGCAGCUAGAAAAGGAGUCCCCCGAGCAGCCAGAAAAGAAACCGCAGUCUGUUAGCUCGACGGCUAGGACAGAUGCCUACAGUAGCAAUGCGGUCCCAAAAUUACGCGAUCCUUUGCACACCCAGAUGCCGGUCUCCAAAGCUGAGAGACCUCCCCCAGGUCUGACAAUUGAGGCGGCAUCCGAGGCAAAGACGGACACCAUUGCUGCUCCAAAGACCAGUACAACGCGCUGGAGGCAAUUAAACAAAUCCAGAUUUGGAUAUCUUCCAAAGAAGAACUGAAGCGAACAACUCUCUUAAAAUUUAACGGGAUCUGGGAUAGAUAUGCGGUUCAAUUUCAUCAUAAACAACAAUAAACAAAAUAAACAUAACAAACAAACAUAUACGAACAUAA